AUGCCUGGAGCAGCUGGUCGGAUGUGUGAGGCUUGCGCCUAUGGUUAUUGGAAUUAUGGGCCUACUGGAUGCUCCAAAUGUGACUGUGAAGCUGAUUUGUCGAUGGGAACAGUGUGUGAUGUGCAUACGGGUCAGUGUCACUGCCAAGAAGGAGCUACUGGUCCUCGAUGUGACCAAUGCGCUUUGCAUUAUCUACGGAUACCUACUUAUGGAUGUCGAUUAUGCGACGAGUGCGUGCAUUCGUUGACGCAUGACUUGGAUAACCUGGGAGGCUCUGUUGAUCUUCUCAACAGGACGAUUAAUAAUGUUUCAACAACAGCUCUCACUGGUGCUCGACUUAAACGUAUUGAGAAUAAUAUCAUUGAUCUGAAGCCGCUGGCAGUGGACCACAUUGAUCUGGCAUCGAAUUUGGGCAUCGAAAAUUUGAAUGGCGAUGCAAACAGAGUGAUCGAUGACAUAGCCAGUAUAGCUAUUCGUGCAAACCGAUCGGUGGAUAUGCUUCAGUCCAUAAGCAGUACACUUGUGGAUAUCAUUGACAGUACCAACAUUUUUUCGCUGGACGCAUUCGAUCAUGUGGAGGCAGCAGCAACAGUCGUUGAUUCCAUGAAAAAUCUUGCAUUUUCACUGGGCAAAGACUCGAGUGCUGUGGAUCGCCAAAAAUGGUUAAUGGAUUCCACCGCGCUGCUCGAACAUAUGCGCCACCUUACGAGCGACGAAGAGACGAGAAUAAAGGCGCAGAAAGCUGAUGCAGCAUCGGAGCAGUUGUUAGGUCGCAUGCAAGAACGGAAAAAUCAAGGAAAAGCACUGAAUAAAAAAUAUGGGAGCGUAAAAGAGCGAAUGAGCAGCCUUAUCAAUAAUGCCACCGAGUACAAAUCUUUGAUUUACCUGGUUGCCAGCUCAGUUGCUAAUGUUGUGCAGAAGCUGAACAAUUCAAAACUGCAAUAUAUGCAGUCGUUACUGGAUGGCACGAAGGCAGGUGAAGCAAAAAUAAGGGAAACGCUUGAAAUGAUAAAUCUUCUUAACACAGCAUCCAAGGCGUCAAUUGAAUCAUUGAAGCAUACGAACAGAACAUACGACGAAUUGCUGGGCAGAAUUCAGGGAAUUUUCGAUCGGAUGGGCGCUAAAAAUGGUAGACAUCGUCACAGGCGAUUACAUAACGCAAACAAGGCAGAAUAUACAAGAAAAUCUGAAGUGCUUGCGAGCGAGUCGGCACGUUUGUCCGCCUUAUUUGGUACCACGCGCAAUGAAGCAAAGAAUGCAUUGGAAGCAGCUAAUGGUUACAAGGAGUUGGCGGAGUUACUGCAAAAAGCUCGUAAUAUGGCACGGCAGGCAUCCGGAAAUGCGAGAGAGACGCAUCAGUUCCGUGAUGAUGGCAUGGUAAAGAAUUAUUCUUAA